AUCUUAACAGACACAAAUAAACUUUACUCAAACUCCAUAUCGACUACUCUCAGGUCUCGACGCUAGCAACGCAACAGAGCGGCAAGGAUGCAUCGCAGCGAUGGGCGCUGUCAGAUCGUUAAUUAAGCUCAAACGAUCAUCAUUAAAUGGUCGAAAGUCUAGAAAGGGCCGGCCGAUCUCAGACGAUAAGUAAACUGCAGAAAGCACAUCUUUCUGGUGGUGUUGCCAAGCGGACAGAUAGAUACGCCGGGAACAUACCAGGCGAGUACAGCACGGUGCGGCUGUGAGCUGCUGUCUGAACUGCUGGAUGCACUAUAUAUCCUUUCUCAUCAGAUGAUUCUAGACCGUCCCGGCGAAUUGACUGAGGUUCAGGUUUUCGCAUCAAUGCCAUCAUCACCACAUAAUCAACCACCACAGGCGGUGUCUCUGGAGUCACUGCUUUCUCUCCUGCUCUGUCUUCUCUCCCCGUUUAUCAACCUGCUGGACGUCGGCCUAUGGGGACGUGAUGAAAGCCUCGAACGCGACGUUGGUGGUACCACCAGAAGUCGUACCCAUUAUCGAAGGCUUUGCAGAGAGUAUCAUUGCGCCCGCUGUGAUCUUCCUCAUGAUUUGUACCAUCUUCCCGACGGUACUCCUUGCAAUGCUCGGCGCCCUCUUCUAUUUCUCUGAUAAGGCGACCCGGACACGCCCCAUAUUUGUACUUAACGUACUCGACCUUCUUUUGGGCAUCGCGACCGGCAUAUGGAAUGGAUACUUCCAGGUCAGCACUACAUCCUUGCCUACGCGUAUGCUGUCUUCAUUACCUAUGUGUGCUUUGAGCAGAUAAUCACCCUCGUCCACCCUUUUCAAAUUUUCGCGCAGUCCGUCUUCCUCGCCUUCGGUGUUGUUCUGUCCUUUGUGACAUGGAUCUCCGAGCUGGUUCUCUUGCUACGACUAGUCGCUGUCUUUCCCAUUCAGCUGACUGGUCGGAAGACCUUGUUGGCCAUUAUGGCAUUCCCCGUGGCUGUCAAGCUGGUUCGCCUCGCCUGCUUAGUCUGUUAUUACGUACAAUUCUCUGAGGUCGCGCCGCCAUAUGGGAACAAUGUCCUGACGAUACAGGAUGGCCCUGCGAACAGCCCUUUUAUCAAAGUGAACUGGACCUUAGAGAUCUUCGAUAAUGGGUGCGUUUUGGGCUCGAUCAUCAAGCUAGCAUUCCACAAUUGCUCACUUUCUGUAGUUAUGUAUCCGCUCUAUUUCUCUGGCGUUUAUACACCACAUAUUUGAAGAGAACGAGGGGACAGAUUUCGUUGUUGUCAUCGUACGGCUUUGGAGGUGCAGGCUGGAUUACUCACAUCUGGGCUCGCCCUUGGCUAACAUGUGCCAUUCCCUGCAGAUUCACUGGCACGAAGGACAAUGGGACUCUUUUGGAUAGCAGGAACUAAUUUUAUCUUCCCCGGUGCGUUCUUUACGUUCCACUAUCUCAGAAACGACUAAUCGAGAGCGGCCAGUCAUCCUGAACAUAAUUCAACUUACGAUCCUUGUCACCAACCCCGACAACAUUGAUUGCACCUACGUAUUGCUCGUAAACUGCUACACGUCGGUUGCGGGCGUUGUCUUUGCCACUGGUGCGUGCCAGCUGACGUUUCC